AGCCUGAGGAACUUGGACAGCUGCCAGUGACUUUUGAGGAGGUGGCCACGUGUCUCUUCCAGGGAGAAUAGAAUCUUCUAGAUCCAGCCUACUGAGUGAGGACAUCGUGCUGGCGAUUUUUGGGGGCCAAGUCUCUCCAGGUAGCUAAUACGACAGCCAGAAUUCUAUAGAGCCAGGUAUUCGUUCACUGAAAAGAAUCAAGUGUGAAGCAAGAAAUGAAAAUAAAUAGGACAGCCAAACGGAGGAAAAAAGGCAGAAGUGAAUCCAGCUACAUCUCUACCUUCCCAGGGUCCUGAUAUUUGUGAACAACUGGUUGUUAAAAAAACCCCAAAAAGCAAAACAUGAAAAAGGAUGGAGAAAGUGUCUGAAUGGAAAGGAUUUAAAUCUACAUUAGAUUUGAAAAAACACAUCAACAAGUCCAAAUGGAGGGAAAAGUAUCCGAGAGCAUGGAGCAUGGAAACAGUGUAACUAGGAAUAGCAAUACUAUAUCAUGUGAAAAGCACAUUAAACAAGAAGAACCAUAUACACUCAUGGAAUGUGGGAAGAGCUUGAGCCAAGGGAAUCAGCUUAAUUCACAUCAAAAAACUCACACUGGGAAGAAACCACAUAAAUGCAUGGAAUGCGGAAAGAUCUUAGGCAACAGUACUUCCCUAAGUAGACAUAGAAGAAUUCACACAGGAGAGAAACCAUAUGAAUGCACGGAAUGUGGAAAAUGCUUCAACCAAAGCAGUGCCCUAAGUAGACAUCAAAGAACACACACUGGGGAGAAACCAUAUAAUUGCAUGAUAUGUGGAAAGAGUUUUGGUCACAACCAGAGCCUUAAAUGUGGAAAGAACUUCAGUCACAGCCAGAGCCUUCAUUCACAUCUAAGAACUCACGCUGGGGAGAAACCAUAUGAAUGCAUGGAAUGUGGGAAGUGUUUCA